AUGGGGGAGUCGUCGGAACAUCUGAUCCUCGAUACCAGGGACUUUGUUCUCCAAAGUGACUGCGAGUCCAUGAUGACAGCAAUGGAUCCGGUUACACCGGUUGACAGCAUCAUCGGAGACCAGCCUGCACCUCAGAUUCUUGUGUCACAGGAUGGGGACAACUUCGUCGAUGCACCAGAAUCCAUUCGGAGACUGUCCUUCUCUACAGAGGAUAGUGGCGAUCUACAAUUCAGCAGUCUCCCAACACCCAAGUUUAAUACUCUCAGGUCUUGCUCCUCAGGCCGUGGAAGGAAUGGACGUGGUGUCAUGCUGCGGUGGAUGAAGAGUCUUCGUGGAAAGUCAAAGCUCCCGCAUAUGCAUUACGACAUCUACAAAAGUCAGACAGCUAGGAACUCUGUCCAUGGAAAUCUUUCAAUUGCGCCUUCUGCAAUGACAAGCGCCACAAAACUCACUGGUUCAACGAAUUUUUUGCAAAGAGUUGGCACUGCCACCGCAUCUAGAAUGUCACUAUCAUUCUACGGUAGUGUUGCGGGCUUCUCGGGGCGGGGUCCUGUCGAUCAGUUAGAUUUAGAUCUAAGAACAGAAGAUUCCCUGGAUGAUACCCUGGACAUCGCUACAAUUGAAAGAGCGCAGCAAAGAUGGAAAAUCUUGGCCGAAAUUGUCUUGUCGGAGGAAGAGUAUAUAAUGGAUCUGAAAACCAUGAUUUCGGCUUUUACUUCCCUAAAGGACGCCGUUGCACCAUCCACCGACGUACGAAUCAAGCGGAGAAUCGUCGAUAAUAUGACCGAUCUCCUAGAGUAUCAGGAAAACUUCCUAUCAGAGUUGUUCACUAGGCUACCAGCAUCUAUCGCAUUACCCACGAGGCCCGUAUUUACCAAUGGCAGCGCAUCUGAGGUUCUAGUACCAUCUUAUGACAAUCUGGCCGAUCCGUCACUCGUUAAAUCUUUGGCAGAUGUCUUCGAGUCAAGAAUGGCAUUCUUCUUUGCGCACGUCGAAUAUGGUGCAAAUUUUGAGACACUCCAGGAACUCAUUAAUAGCAAUCCAUCUUCCCCAUUUCGGUCAAAAUCUUGGGAAUCGGGAUUCGAGAUGUUGGCCAACGCGGUUUCCGCAGAAUGCAACAAGGGAAAUUACCCUGGCAAGAAGGCUGCGACUCUUUCGGAUCUCAUCAUUAAGCCAAUCCAUCAUAUUUGUCGAUACCCGCUGCUUCUUAACCGACUUUUGGAGGUCACACCGACCAUCGAUGCCCCCGAAGCCAAUGAAUCCCUCCAAAGAAUCAUCAAGGCAAUCAAGGAUUUAGGAGGCGAGCUUAACAGUGUCCAAUGUAAUAAAUCUGGCGCUAGAGAUCAACUUGAAAAAACAUGGCUUCUGCGUGAGAUGAUCAGCCUGCCUAGGGAAAUUGAUUGCCUUUCGAACCGUGUAACAGUCGACAGCCGAAAAAGUAUACUUCGACAUCUCGGGCAGGUUUUGUUAUGUGGUGUUUUGCAGGUUGCGUAUUCUACCAAUGACGGCCCGACUGCUCGAUACACAAUCGGUUCACUAUAUAGGACCCAUCUCUUGCUUGCUAGACCAACUGUCGAUCCUGCGACGCAGAAGGCUGUCUGUUCAACACUGUUCAUGGUCCCGCUCGCCGCCCUAAAAUCGGAUGAUAUCCAAGACCGAUCUCUGCCGGACACUGAGUUCUCCUGGAAGAUCAAUUUCAGAAAAGCAAAUCGGCUAUAUAGAAUUCGUAUCUCGGCGAAAACAGCUGAAGACGCUGAGGUCUGGAGGUCUAGUUUAUCUAAUUGCAUCGAUAGGAUCACAACAGAUGGCAAUUCUCCGACAAAUCAUCUCAGCUAUCUGCCAGUUGAUAUUCGGGCUAGGGAAAACGAUGACAAACCGUCGGUCAUAGAUCUGAAGGGACAAUUCUCACAAGCUAAGAGUCAAAUUGGGAUUCUGCGUUCGAAAUCUCAGCCACUAGGGAUGUUUUCUUUGGGGCAUAAAGAGGAGGUGGAAUCCACAGAGCCUCUGGUACAACCGGUCUAUAACAAGUCUCUAGAAAAGAUUUUGCGAAAGAAUACAGACCUAGAGAGACUGUUGACGGAUAAGAGAGAGGAGGCUGUUUCUAGACUCUGGCCAGAACAACGGAACACUCUCGAAAAUCUAUACUCACAUGUCAUCUCAACUGAUAUACUAUCAGGACCUGUCUCCAAGAAAGAUCCUCCACGGCGGCUGAACACCCUGUCCACAAGGUCUAUGUCAACCUCUUAUAUCGAGGAGAAGGGCUUGAUGAGGAAAUUGUCUCUCACGGGGAUUUGGCAGUCUAGGAAAAGAAGCUAUACGCCUACGAACGGCGAAGGAUCGGGCCAAAAGGGCCGCCCAUCUCGACUUAUUAUUCCCAAACGCUCGGGAAGCCUGAGGCCGAAGAGAAGCAAGUCAGAUCACUUUGGAGGACCGCAGACCUUCGGCCGGCAUUUUGGGCGAUCCGGUUCGCAUAACACAGUCCCUCGGAUUCGGGAAGAAGAUGACAAAGAGAAUUGGAUUUUCCAGACUAAACCGCCAAAUCGCCGACGAAGUUUGCUACAAAGACUUUCGCCCGAAAGGUAUAGUACUCACUCGACAAGCUCUACAGAACCCUCAACACCGGGUUCGACUGCCCCUGUUUCGCCUAUUACUCACACUUCCUCGUUUUCCGACAAAAUGACCUUUGGAGCCGAUUUUGGGAUUUCUAGCCAUUCAUUAUCAUCAAUGCAUGGUCGUAUUAAGAAAUCUCUUCGUGGCAAAACGACUCUGAAGAAGCUGUUUUCUUAG